AUGCCACUGCAGGAGAGUCAGCCGAUCUCUCUCAUCUGCAGCCAUCAGCACCCGCAGCAGUGGAUCGAGAACGUCCGCUUCUUUCUCCAUCACGGCGGGCUCCACUCCCUCAACCUCCGCAUCACGAGGCCACAGCACCUGCGCAACCUGGGACCCCUCAUCGCACGCUCCAGCACCUCCCUCACAUGCUUGGAGCUGGAGCUACAUGUCCAGAUUUCGGGGUACAGAUUGCAGCAUCUUGAGGGUUUCACGCUUGGCUUCCUGAAAGACUGCUCGCAGUUGCAACAGCUGAAGCUGGGUCGGGGCAGGUGGAAUUUGAACGAGAGUUGUGUGAAUGCAGCGUGGAUGCAGUCGCUGCGCAUUCUUACCCUCGCUUACAUGAAUCCCAUUGCUUUGGAGUAUGAGUUUCUGGACGCCAUCACGCCACUGCUUACGGAAUUUACGCUCUACGAGGUCUCCCGCUACAAGGUUGGCACCUUCAGCCACUGUUUCAGUUUCUCCAAUGUGCGCACCCUCCGCUUCCUCUUCCUGGACAGCACACUCAAACUGACUCUCAACCUUCCAACCUCCCUCACGACCCUCAUUGUCACGGCUGACUUGGUCGAGCUCACCUGUCAGUCAGACAUCCCUCUCGCUCUUCAUCAGCUCAUUCUUUAUGCUCAAUCCGGACUCUGCGCCUACCUCAACUGCUUCACAUCUGCCAAGGUUAUCUACUUGAAUGCGCCUGCAAGAUACGUGGAGAACCAUUUCUUUGGGAACUUUUUCUUUAAACCACCUUCACGUCGGCAUCUCCUUUCUAGUGCCAGCUCAGAGCUCUCUUGGAUGGGCUGGCUCCGCACAGUUGCGCCUACAGUGGAGGUGCUUAUAAUAGAGCAUGGUGUCCCUUUCACUACAAUGAAUGUGGAGUGGAGUAGCCUGCGCAGCCUUGGGAUUGUUGCGCAGCACAGGGAUCCGGAUGAUGAUUAUUGGGAGAUUGAUUCUGAAGGGGAAACUUCCGUGGAGGACGUGUAUUGGAUGAACAAGCUGGAUGGCCAAGAAUAUUUCGAUGGGUCUGCAAAUGCUGAUCAACCUGACCCAGACAAAGUGGUGAUGCCUCCUUCCAUCAAGGCCCCACACCUGCAAGCCCUCUUCUUUCCAAGUGAAGAGGAGUCUGAUGCACAGAGCGUGGCAACCUUGAAACACCACUACCCGUCAUUGGCGUUGUAUUGCAUUAUCAGUCAAACGUUUUACUGGGAGAGGAAAGGGGUGAAGUUGAGAGAUGCUCCGUUGGUGCAUGUGAGGGGCAAGAAAGAUGGAAGUGAAACAAGGAAACUGUCCAAGACAGUGAGGGAGAAGAUGCAUAGCGUGAAUAAGCAGCUGUUGAAGGAGUACAGUCUGCAUGAUGAAAAUGCAUAUUUGCUGAAAGUAGAAAAGGGGCUUCAACUGUGA